AUGGAAGACUCCAUCAGCGAACCCAUUGCCGUCAUCGGGGCCGGGUUCAAGGGCCCAGGGGCAGAUAAUCUAGAGGAGCUGUGGGGAGUUCUCGAACGUGGCGAGAAUCAUAUCGUUGACAUCCCCAAGGAGCGCUGGAACAACGAUGCAUUUUAUGACCCAGACCCACAGGCCGUCAGCAAGUCUUACGUCAGGAAAGGAGGUUUUAUGAAAAAGUAAAUGUAUUUUUUAAAUUUAAAAAUAUAUAUAUAUAUAUAUACAUGAAGUCUGUAGUGAUAGAAAUCUUGUUAGGUAUCUAAUUUUAAGCUUAAGCUUAAUGAGCACUAUUUACUAAUUGGCCAAAAAAAAUAUCUUAGUUGUCAAUAUAAGGUAACUUUAUAUUAACUAAGGUACAGCUAAAUGAUAACCAAACAUUAAAUUGAUGUCACAAAAACAAAUAGAUAAGCAGACGGAGACAUAAAUAUAUAACAGUGGGAUGAAAUGCAAAAUUUUGCUGUACAAGUAUUUAGAGAAACACUAAUUUGCUAAAAUGUAACGUUGUUUUCUUUAGAUUACUUGCAAAAUUGACCAUAUUUAGGUAUCACAAACUGUCUAUGUUAUAUUAUUUUAUGCAACUGUACUUUUUCAAUUCGGAAAGGUGACGCAAAAAUGGUCUGGGCAUGUACAAAAUCUUUUUGAAAGAAAUUAAAUACUUUAACGUGCCUUAUAAAGAAACUUGAUUUUUAUUGCAUAGAAAAAGAGUUCGUAAUCAGAAAUAGCUAAUUAGCUAAGUAGAUAUCAAAUUCACUAAUACAAUAUCUUAAAUUUUCAGCCCUUUUGCAUUCGACAACCGUUUGUUUAACAUAAACGACAUGGAGUCUGACCAGAUGGAUCCCCAACAGAAACAUGCCCUGGAGUGCACAUACAGAGCCAUGGAGCAUGCUGGCUUGACCAGGAACCAACUGAAGGGCACCAACACUGGCGUUUAUAUAGGUGAGCGGUUUAAAUAUACGUAUAUGUAUAUAAUCCAUUAUGCUAUUGUAAGGAAACCUUGCUUGCUCUCUGCUAACCUUCAUCUAUAUCUGGUAUUCACUAAGGAAGCAACUCAUGCGAUAACAUUUGAUGAUUAUAAUCGUGUUCUUUAUUGGGCUGACACUUCGCUUAUACUUUCUCUCCUCUCACAACUCUGACUGCCCUCUUCCUAUCGUUGGAGCUCUCCUUCACUGUCCGCUUCUCUGUCCGGCCGAGUUCUGUCCAGUCCUGUCCAGAGGUCCCUAUUUAUAAGUCCCUGGUCCAUAGAGUUUCUUCCCCAGGUCUGUAAUCUUACGCGCCCGCCCCUUUGAUCAGUCGGUCACUACCCCACCCCUUUCGCCACCAGGUUACCAACCCGUCGUCCUAGGGAAAUACCCUGGUCAGAUGGCCAGUACCCUGCUGUAAGAUCUGACGCGCCCGGCCCUUUGAUCAGUCGACCGUGGUCCGAACUCUUCACACUAUUAACCUACAUUUACCAUUGGAGAAAUGUUUUUAUACAUGUCCUAAAGGAACAUCACUCACGACCUCGUAUGGACUGGCGAUCGUUCUCCCGUAAUACAGAUGGCAUGUCUAUUUAUCAGGCUGACUCAUUUCUAAAAAAAAAAUAAUUUUGGUUAAAAAAAAUGGAAGUCAAAUCUUACGGUUUUUUAAAAUCUUAAUGUUGAUCCACCUGAACCUACAAACCCGAACCUGUAGGUUCAACAGGCCUGACCUCUUUUAGAUCACUUUGAAAUAUCGAUAGCUAAGGUAAACCUUCACUAUAUAACACGAGAACUCGUGUGGUCAGCUCACUUUGUAGGCCUUUUAAGGCAUUUUGCCACUUCUAAAUAAAAAUGAUGCAACUUAAAAAGCUUGUGGCUUAAACUCUCUUCAACAAGAUGCAUAAUACACGUCUAAAUUAUGCAAGUAGAAAAUUAUAGAGAUAAGACUGACGCACAUCAUAUUUGAUCGUUCGAUUGGGUCCAUUGAGAAAGACCUAUCUAUGGGCCCAUUUAGAAAGACCUACCUAUGGGUCCAUUGAGAAAGAACAACCUAUUUGCCCAUUGAGAAAGACCUUUUUAUGGGUCCUUUGAGAAAGACCUACCUAUUGGCCCAUUUAGAAAGACCUACCUAUGGGCCCAUUGAGAAAGAACAACCUAUUGGCCCAUUGAGAAAGACCUACCUAUGGGUCCAUUGAGAAAGACCAACCUAUUGGCCCAUUGAGAAAGACCUGGGCCCAUUGAGAAAGACCAACCUAUUGGCCCAUUGAGAAAGACCAACCUAUUGGCCCAUUGAGAAAGACCUACCUAUGAUGACAAAAAGAACAAACAAACAUAAUCUGUAUUUCAGGUGCAAUGAACUCAGACUACAGAAGUCUGUAUCAGGCUCGAUCCUCGGGAGUGACCAACUACACGGUCACCGGCAUCUCCAACAGCAUCAUCGCUGCCAGAAUUGCCUUCUGCUUCGACCUGCGAGGACCGACCAUGGUCAUUGACACCGGAUGCUCUUCGGCUCUGAUAGCGAUUCACACGGCCUCACAAGCUCUGAGGACAGGUAUUAACAUCUGCUUUCACUCUCCAGCCAAACUUUUAACAUAAUGUGCUUAAAGUAGUUUAUAUCAUAUUUAGUACAGGGAAACUGGGCCGUGCGAGGGUUAGGUGGUCACUGUAUAUAUGUACAUGUGUGUCUGUGUGUGUGCAUGCUUGUGUCUUAUAUAUCAUUUUUUUGAAGGAGCAGGUAAGGGUGGAUGUUCAAACUUUGCGCCAUUCGCACAGCUAUGUAUGGAACAUAUUAUGACCCACAAAACCUAACAAUAAAUUACUAAAAUGUGCCAGCAAGUAGACUUAAGUGUUGUUGGCACGCUAAUGGAAUUAUAAAUCCUAGUUAGGCGCAUUGAUUUAAAGAUAUGUGCUAUAGAGUCCCAGCCUAUAUUUUCAUCUUCUGAACGUUUAAAAUUGUUCACACUUAAUUGUUUUUUUAAUAAAUGACACUAUAAUUGGGGCGCAAUAAACACGUAUGUGCGUAAAUAAGUACAUACAGUUUUUGUUAAUUAAAAACUAGAUUACAGUCCACUCUAGUAUUUCGUUGAAAACUGAGAAAUAUAUACAAGCAUUUUUAACGGUUUGACUUUGUUUCGUUUAUUUGCUCUUCUAUAUAUAUUUUGAGGGCCCACGAUCAAUGUAUUGAUCAUUCUGGCUCCUAUUUCAUGUAUCCAGUUGUUUCAUUUCUUGUUAACGCAACACAUCGGCAAUAUUAUAUCCAAAUGAUUCAGGUGACUGUGACCUGGCCAUCUGUGGCGGUACCAACUUCAUGGUGACACCAGACGUCUUCGUUCACCUCAGCAAAGCCAAGAUGGUCUCACCAACCGGCCAGUGCCAUGCUUUCUCCGACAAGGCGGAUGGAUACACCAGAGGGGAGGGCUGUGGGAUCGUUGUUCUCAAAAGGUUGUCGCAGGUAAGUGCGUGAUGACCAAAAGGCUUCGUACCUUCUGUGUUUAAAAAAAAAAUAUAUAUUUUUUUUUAUUUUAGCAACUCCUUAGGUGCUAAAACUAGAUAUUGUAUCUCGUACGUCUAAACUUACCGAAUGAUAAUAAUUUUAUUAUUAUGGUUUUAUCAUUAUUAUCAUUACUUUUAAUAUUAUUAUUAUUAAGAUCAUUAUUAUUAUUAUUAUUAUCAUCAUUAUCAUCAUCGUAAAUAUUGAUACUUUUUUACAAAAUAAAAUGACGCAUGUAUGUUCUGUUUCGGUCUUCUCUCAUAUUUCCAAUGUCUGACUCUGCUAUUUGUUCUCUUUGCUGACGAAGGCUUUGAGCCGAUUAAUACUUUCAGUUCUUUUGGUUGUUUGUUUUUUUUUUGUUCUUUUAUUAUCUUAAGUUGUUAUUUUAAUAGUGUUCUUAAAAUAUAAUGUUCUAGGCACAAAGAGAUGGCGACCGAAUCUUGGCGACGAUUGUGACAGGGACAAACCAGGACGGCCAUUCAGUGACCCCGAUUUCGGCCCCAUCGAGGGAGCAACAACUCAGCCUGCUCGAAAACAUGUACAGACACAUGACCAAUGAGGAGCUUGAGGAACUGGACUACAUAGAAGCUCACGGUAAGCUGGCCCGCACUAAGUGAUUUGAGUUUGACAAUAGUACACAUAAUGUAUGGAUUGUAUGCGAAAUCACUACAAAGUGCAGUGUUAACUGGCUAUGACACUCUAUAUUGUAUUCCCCCACAGGCACGGGCACGGCAACGGGAGACCCGACGGAAGCAAACGCUCUUGGAGAAUUGUUCCAACGAAGAGGUUCCAAAAAAGUACGACUGAUGGGAUCAAUUAAAACCAACAUUGGUCACUUGGAGUCUGCUGCUGGUGUGGUCGGUCUGAUCAAGGUUCUUCUGAUGAUGGAGCAUUCCAAGAUUGUGCCCUCGCUUUUCUCUGAGACCCCCAACAAGAAAAUUGACUUUGAAAAGCUAAAGUUGUCUUUGCCUUCUAAGGUCAUGGACUGGAAAAAGGGCCAACACCUGGCUUGUGUCAAUUCGUUUGGUUUUGGUGGGUCAAACUGCCACGUCAUUGUUAAAUCACAGAAAAAAGAAACUGAACUUAAAGGUUCUGAAAUAAAACCAGCAAUCGUUUGUUUUUCUGGUAAGAAUGAAGCUUCGCUCCGGGGAAGUUUAAAAGACUUCUUGGAAUACGACAAUGUCGGCUGCCUUGAUCUUCACGAUGUAGCUCUCACAUCAACUGUUCACAGAACCCAUUAUACAUCACGUUUUGCGACGGUCGCAUCAAAUUUAGGUCAGUUGAUAAGUCAUCUGAAAGAAGAAUUAGACAAAACUUCAACAGAGAGACGCUCGCAUAAGGUUUCAACAGUCUUUGUCUUCGGCGGCAUGGGUACUGCCUGGGAAGGAAUGUGUAAGGAAAUGAUGAAAGAGAGUGAGGUAUUUCGCUCUGCCUUGGGUGAGAUUGAUGACUUUCUGGGAAAACACGUUAGUUGGUCCGUAGUAAAACGUCUUCAAGAAGUAACACCCUCCGACUAUGAUGAUCAUCUCUUCAUUCCGAUUGCGAUAUUUGCCUGUCAGGUUGGCCUCGCUAGUCUCUGGAUGAGCCUCGGAGUAAAGCCGAACCAAAUUGUGGGACAGUCUGUUGGCGAGGUCGCAGCAGCUUACACAGCCGGUCUGUUGACCCUCCAAGAUGCUGUUAAAGUGAUUUACACAAGGUCUUUGCUCAUUAGCCGAGUGACUGGAGGGAAAAUGUUCGUGGUCAGGAAUGUUCCGACAGAUCAGGUGAAGGCGGUUGUUGGCAAGUUCCAGGGCAAAGCCUGUGUUUCAGUAGAGUACAGCCCAGUGUCGUGUGCUGUCAGCUCAGAC